CGAUCUGCUCUCUUGUGGACUGAAGGCCAAAAGAACAUAGAAAGACCAACCAAAGACUUGUAAGUUAGAAAUAGAGAGAAUAGAAAAGCACCCGGGUAGAGCUUCUUCCACUAUGUCAGCGGACACCUUGGAAGAUCUCUCUCAAACUACAGAGAGCUUGGACAGACCGGACGGCUCCAGAACGUACAUGUACACCCACGCCUGCCCGUACACAGGAACAAGACUCCUCCGUGACAACAACAACAGCAAGUACACCUGCAGAUACACUCUCCAACUCCCUCUCUUCCCUAUGGCUCUCCUCCUUGUCCCCUUGUUGCUCUGUCUCUGGGGCCACCAGGCCCAAGGAGUCGUCCACUCCAGCUUCCGCCGCCUCAGCAGCCGAGAGAAGAAAGAGAUGCAGAGGGAGAUCCUGUCCAUCCUGGGUCUACCGGGUCGGCCCAGACCCCAUCCUCCCCUCCGACCGCCCUCCUCAGCCCCCCUCUUCAUGCUGGACCUGUACCACGCUGUGUCGGCCGAGGGGGGUGAGGGAAACGGACUAGGGAAUGAGGUAGGGGGGCUGGGGUUCGGCGGUCUGGACGGGUUGACGGGCCACGUCAGCCAUGCCGCCCUGCCCACUUUCAGCACGCACACGCCGCCGCUGGGGACGGUUGUCAGCGAGGCCGAUACGGUCAUGAGCUUCGUUAACCUGGUGGAGCAGGAGCGGGACCUGCUGCAGCCACGGCCGUACUGGAAGGAGUUCCGUUUUGACCUGACGCCCCUCCCCAAGGGGGAGACGGUCACGGCUGCAGAGUUCCGCAUUUAUAAGACCCUGACCAUGGGCCAGAGGGCCAACCGCACCCUGCACAUCUCCGUCUACGAGAUCCAACGGGAGAACAAACACAGAGAGCCAGAGCUGGUGCUGCUGGACAUGCAGUCAGUGCCCGCGGGGCAGGAGGGCUGGCUGGCUUUUGACGUGACCACUGCCAGCAACCGUUGGCUCCUGCACCCCCGCAGCAACCUGGGCAUCCGGCUCUAUGUGGAGACAGAGGAGGACCGGUCCUUGUCAGCUGGGUGGGUAGGCUUGGUGGGUCGAAGGGGCCCACGCUCCAAACAGCCCUUCAUGGUGACCUUCUUCAGGGCCAGCCAGGCCCCUUGUCGCCCCCCACGCGCCCUGAAACCCAACCCCCGCAAGAAGAAGGCCAAAUAUGACCUGCCCCUGCCCAGUAUACAUGAUCACAGCCACGUCAACAGUGGGCGUCAGGCUUGUAAGAGACAUGAAUUAUAUGUGAGCUUUAGUGACCUAGGCUGGAAGGACUGGGUCCUGGCUCCUACGGGUUACUCUGCCUUCUACUGUGAUGGAGAAUGCCUAUACCCUCUGGGUUCCUGCAUGAACGCCACCAACCACGCUAUGAUCCAACUAGUGGUUCACCUUCUGAAGCCGGACGAGGUUCCCAAAGCGUGCUGCGCACCCACCAAGCUCAGUCCCAUCUCCGUACUCUUCUACGACGACAACAACAAUGUGAUCCUAAAGAAGCAUCGUAACAUGGUGGUCAAGACUUGUGGAUGCCUGUGACACCUGUGGUAGCCCAUAUAUUCUACAUCAUUUUUAUAAACUUGACUACCAUUGUUCCAAAAGAUACAAACGGGGUAAUAUACCUUGCAGCCAGCAGUUGAUAGCAAUAAUCUGGCAAUAUGUGUAUAAAUAGUAUGUAUCUACACUGAACAAAAAUAUAAACGCAACAAUUUCAAAGAUUUACUGUGUUACAGUUCA